AUGGCAAGGAAGUGGGAGAGACUGACUGCAAUGGGCCGGAAAAGAAUCGGGUCGCCAAGAAUAGCUAAGAGUGUUGAUGCAUCCAGCUGCAACUCGCCAACAGUUGAUGAUGGUCAUUUUGUUGUGUACACAGCUGAUCAAAGACGCUUUGUAAUUCCCUUGGCUUAUCUCCAAAAUGAAAUAUUCAGGAAGCUCUUAAGAAUGGCAGAGGAAGAGUAUGGAUUGCCGAGUCAUGGGCCAAUCACAUUGUUGUGUGACUCAGUCUUUAUGGAGUAUGCAGUCUCUUUGACAAAAAGACAUGCGGAUAAGCAUCUGGUGAAAGCUCUGAUCAUGACCAUUACUGUUGGCCAAUGCUUAUCAACCUCAUGUCUCCCACAAGAACAAAGCAAUCAACACCUACUGAUAUGCGGUUUCUGA